CUUUGUGUGGAAAGGCGAAAUGAAAGGAAAAUUAAUUUUGAAACGAUUUACUGGAAUUCCUGUAAAAGAUUGUAAUUCCCUUACUCCUAAAGCUCAUCUGCGAAAGCUUACCGAGUUUCGACGAUGGCAGCGAAGUCUUCAGGUCAUAGAUUUAGUUAAAGCAUCCCCUGAGGUGGAUAGGCUGAGCGAGAUAGGACUCAGGGCUAAACAAGCUCCAUCUGCCCGAGUUUGGGAUCAGAGUUGUUCUUCCCUUAAAUUAUCUGAAGGCUAA